UUAUCCAAUUGAGAUCUGUGUUUGUAUCCCGUACGUAUCAGUCUUCCUUCACAAAAUUGAAGCUCUCCUCCGACUCACUGUUCGACAAUCAUACAUAGAUACAAUCAGAAGAAGCGAAGCAAGCCCUAAUCCUGAUCUUGUUCGAUUCAAAUGUCUGCAAACGCUGCGGACUCCGAAACCCAAAACGGAACAACCGAACUUCAACCCCAUCCACCAGUAACUGACUACGCAGAAUCAGAUCUCAGACCAGACGACUCUUCUUCUUCUUCUUCUCCUUCUAAAGACAACGCACCAUCACCACCACCACCCACUGAUGUUGAUGUUGAUUCCAAGCUCGACGAACCAAGUCACAAACCGAUCCAAUCAAAUGAUGUACCGGUAACUAAUGCGGAUCCCAACCUCCACGAAUCGCAAGAUCAAUCCAUCGUCGAAUCCAAUGGCACCGAGAACGAGAACGCUUCUUCAUCGGUGGUUGAGGAAGCUAAACAACAACAACAACCAGAGCUCCGAAAAGAAGAUGAAGGAAGCCGCACUUUCACCAUGAGAGAAUUGUUGAAUGAAUUGAAGAACGGUGAUGAAGAAGCCAAUGAUGAUUCCGAAGAUGCCGCCGAUAGACAAGAUGCCAACUCUCCCUAUAGUCGAGAGAGUACACAACAACAGCAACAUGUAGACCAGAACAAUGCUUCCAUGGAAUUGAUCAAUAGUGUGACUGGUGCUGAUGAGGAGGGUCGGUCUCGGCAACGGAUUCUUACAUUUGCUGCCAGGAGAUAUGCAAGUGCAUUGGAGAGAAACCCAGAAGAUUAUGAUGCGCUGUACAAUUGGGCGCUGGUGCUUCAGGAAAGUGCGGAUAAUGUUAGUCCGGAUUCUAGUUCACCUUCUAAAGAUGAUUUGCUUGAAGAGGCAUGCAAAAAGUAUGAUGAGGCCACUCACCUUUGCCCUACACUUCAUGAUGCUUAUUAUAAUUGGGCUAUAGCAAUCUCUGAUCGGGCAAAAAUGCGUGGUCGUACAAAGGAGGCUGAAGAACUAUGGAAGCAGGCGACGAAAAACUAUGAAAAAGCUGUCCAACUCAAUUGGAACAGUCCCCAGGCACUCAACAACUGGGGACUGGCUCUGCAGGUACUUUUAGUUAAACAAAGUUGCCAGGAAUCAACUAUGUUUUUGAUUCAAGAACUCAGUGCAAUUGUUCCUGCACGAGAAAAGCAAGCAAUUGUGAAAACCGCAAUCAAUAAGUUUCGUGCAGCAAUACAGUUGCAAUUUGAUUUCCAUAGGGCAAUUUACAACCUGGGAACUGUUCUGUAUGGAUUAGCAGAGGACACUUCAAGAACUGGGGGAUCAGUCAAUGUAAAAGAAGUUUCAUCUAAUGAAUUAUUCAACCAAUCUGCAAUUUACAUUGCUGCUGCUCAUGCAUUGAAACCGACUUACUCAGUUUAUGCUAGUGCCUUGAAGCUUGUGCGCUCCAUGCUACCUUUACCCUAUCUAAAGGUUGGAUAUCUGACUGCACCACCUGUGGGAAAUCCAGUUGCGCCCCACAGUGAUUGGAAACGAACACAGUUUAUUCUGAAUCAUGAAGGUCUCCAACAGCUUAACAAAGCUGAGCAGAAGCAGAUGUCACAAAGCCUUUCUGGCAACUCAGGAGAUACCAUGAGUUCCAAUAGAUUAGUUAUUAAAGUUGAUGUCCCAGACAUAGUCUCUGUUUCAGCAUGUGCCGAUCUGACCUUACCACGAGGUGCAGGACUCUGCAUUGAUACAAUUCAUGGACCAGUUUUCUUGAUUGCUGAUUCUUGGGAAUCCUUGGAUGGAUGGCUUGAUGCGAUCCGUCUAGUUUACACAAUCUUUGCACGAGGGAAGAGUGAUGUUAUGGCGGGUAUAUUAACUUGAUAAAUUUAUAUCAUAUGAUUUUAUUGAAUUGCCUACAGUAAUGUUUUUGUGGAGAUGACUCACUGUUUUGUAGAAUACUUUGAAUUUGGUUGUUCAAAUAAGACUUUUGCAUGUUAAUUAAUCUUUUUGAUAAUA